UCAUGCUCGCUCGCACACACGACCAAGCGGACGACAGCCGUACAAGCGUGGUCGUGUGGCCGCGCGCGUUGAACGCGAAGCGACGGAAAGCCGAACGAGCGCGCCGAGCCCGCAGUUUACAAUCGCACACGAAACGGACCGCACAUGACGGCAGUGACCGGAUCGCGAGCUUUGUCGCGCGAAACCCCAAACGAAACCCGUACGCCAACAACGUGUCCCUGUUGUGCGCUCGAUGCAACGCGCCGACGAAACGCGACGGAAAAGCGCCGGAAAAUUCACGUUUAUCACACGACAACACCGCCACCACCAUCGGCAGCGAACCGGCAGCGCAAAACGGACGCUUCAGGUGGGACAGUGUAGCGAUUCGCAACACUCAGUGAAAACGUCACUGCCGGCCAACGCAGAAUUACCAGCAGCAAGUGCAUUCGGUAAAAGUGGGUUCAUAUGCAAGCAAAUGUUACGCAGUAGUGUAAGUGGGAAAAUGGUUUCAAUGUGUUUUUGGUGUGUUUAGAAAGUGAUUAAUAUAAGAAGUUAAGAAGAGAAGCAUUAGGAAAAGAAAAAGAGCGAAGCAAAACGAGUGCAAAAUAACACAAAAGUGAUAAAAGUGGUGAAAAGGCGAAAAGGGAUAAACGCAAAUGAACCGAAUCAGGCGACGGCGAGCAUCAAUGCGCUAGGAUUAGCACGCCUGAAGGAAAACCGACAAACGCAACACAGCCGCGCACGUUCCGGAAGUGAAUGCAACGGCUCUGCAACGCCAACGACGACGACGACGACGGCAGUAGUGACAACAGUUCUCUCAUUGCAGAUAAGCUUCCGGAUUCGUGGGCAACGGAACACUCCCGCUUCUCGACCGACCACAACAAGUGCAUAAAUCAAUCAAUCAACACAGCCUGCACACCGACGAAAGUGCAACAGGAGCGGCGCACGGUCGCCAGGAUCGCCUUGUGAACUUUUGUGAACGAUUAACUAGUGCCUUUCCAUAUUCGCUUGCGGCAACAUUCGCGGGGGCAACCAAGAAAACUAUUGGAUGCGAAUUCGCGUUACGCCCAAAAUCUGGAGUUUAAAGUGACAUCGACUGUGGAUGUGAAAUAUCUGUGCCAAUAAUCGUUAGUCUGUGACAGGAGCUACCGAAGAGUGCCCGUUGAAUCGUACAAUCGUAACAAUAAUACCGACAGUUGGGUCAGCCUUAACGGUCCCCUCAGAGUGGUGCUGAGCAGCAAGCAUAUUGUGAUUUAAGUUAAUGUAGCAGCCACAAUACUUUUAUAUACAAACCGUACAAUCGAUACUAUUUAAAGCAUACGCAAUCUAUUUAAAACGACGUGGUAUAGUAGUUACGUGGGAGUAUAAACACAACGCACACACGCUCCUAGUAGUAGCAGCAGCAGCAGCAUCAACGUCAUUCAUUCACCAAUACUACUUCUGCCCAUUAAGUGCAGUGCACAGACACACACUCACAAAUACACCCAACACAUACACACACAUACAACCAGUGCGCAUGCAAACACGUGCCUCUUUCCAACAACAACAAAAAUCGAACCACGUUACACGCUGCGCAAGUGGGAGCGUCCUCAAAGUGCAAAAGUAAACAAGAGCAAAGCGUCCUGUCAGUGGCGCAUACACCGGUGACAAGUGUGCGCAAAACGCAAAAGUGUAUUCGAAAUAUCUGUGAUUAAAUUAUUUCUGUUAAUUUUGUGUGUGUGUGUGUGUUUGUUUGCUUUAUUUUAGUGACCGGUCCGCGAACCUUUACCGAGUUAUGGUUUUGUUUUUUGUUGUUACCUUGUAACGAUCUUCUGGUUGGUUUUUAAACGAAGUGUAAAAAGUGCCACGUAAAAGUACGAACGAAACGAACACAAAACGACGGCUCGAUUUUGAGCGAGUAUUUAAACACGCAAGUUGGGCAAGUCACCCCCAAAAUCAGCAAUCUAACGCAAACGAUAUACGAACUUCGUCAAACGAAAGAGAAACUUAAGGCGGGGAAUCAAAUUCCCGCCCGCCAAUUUAGUCAUCCUACCGGCUGAUCAACCCGUACACAGCUGACCGUUGCUCCAAGAGCGACAUCCUACAUCUAGCACUGCGCCCGCCCGGGAACACACGCACAACAUGUUCAACACAAACCUCAGCCUUACCGUGCCAUCGCUCCUGAUCAUGGACGGUGGCACACCCAGGACGCCGGAGAUCCUGAACUCGCUAAUGGCCAUGACAAAUCCGCUCGAGUACUCGUAUCCAGUGAACAACUCACAGACAUCACUGAACGAUAGCCAUUCCAACAGCUCCGACUCUCCACUGGACUCCCCUGCGAGCCAGCAACAUCAAUCGCAACAGCACCAGCAGCAACUUCACCUUCACACCGGCAAAACGCCAAGCGUACAACAGACAUGCUCGCAACUCAUCAAGGAAGGCGUGAAGCUGUUGAUCCAGAGCAAACGCAAACACAGCGGUGGAGACUCGAGCGACGGCAACGAAUCCAGCACGCCGAAGGCGAAGGUAGCCCGACGGCGUGACGCCUCCAUGACCGAUCACCGGGAAACGAGUGAAGAUGACAUCGAGUCCAAGGCGAGUCCUCGCUCGACUGUUGCGCUAACACCAGAAGACGAGGAUCGGCGACGGCGACGCCGCGAACGGAACAAAAUCGCCGCCACCAAGUGCCGCAUGAAGAAGCGCGAGCGCACGGUUAAUCUUAUCAACGAAUCGGAAACACUCGAUGCCCAGAACAAGGAGCUAAAGUCGCAGGUUAGCAAGCUGGAAACGGAAUACCGGAAGUUGGUGGAGGUCCUGCAGGCACACGGUCCUACCUGCGUUCACCAGAAGGGCUAUCAACCACUGCCCUCACUGUCGACGAUCAUCAGUGGCAGCAGUGCCGGUGGUGGAAAGUAUCUUAACGAUCUGAACUAUCUCGAUCAGGACCAAACGGGACAGGGAGAGAUCAAGUACUCCGAGUGUUUGAAAUCGGUUACCUCCAGUUCGUCGGGAGGUUCGUCAAUGGACAACUUCUCUAAGCAAGACGCUGGCGGCCUGCUUCCUCCCGGUUACUGCAAGCUAUCCCCAACGGAACCGACCAGCUUCCUGCUCGACUCACCCUCCGAACUAUCUGGAGAGCAAACAUCCAAAUCGGACUACAUUCCCGGAUCUUCGUCGUCUGCAUCAUCCCAACCGAACUCCACCGCACAGCAACCCACGAAGAAUGGACGAUCGAAACCCGGACCCAAACCACGACAAUCGCGAGCUCAGAAACAAACGAACCCAGCACCGGUAGCAACGUCCACGACCACGAAUCUUCCUCCGCUGAACAGUACCACCACCACGGCCACCACUUUCGUUAGCAAAGGAAAUCCUCUGAUUGCAGCAACACUCAUGACGACGACACCCUCUUCCUCACCCUCAUCCGUACCAUCGCCACUGACCGUCGGUAGCUCGGUGUCGACGGUGAACAUUAUCAACCCGAUCGGAACACUCGUCACGGCCGACGAUGAUGACUUUAUACUGAAAAACGAACUCAUCGACACCCAAAGCCCUUACACGUCGGUACAGAGUGCGGAUCGGUUUCUGUUCGACGCCACGCUCGAUCUGUACAACAAUAACGCACACAGCCCUCUAACCGCGGGGCUGAACUGCGGUCAAGCGCAGCAGCAACAACAACCGCAUCAACCGCAACACACCCAUCAUCUGCAGCAGCAGCAGCACGGCGCCACUCUCAACAACAACAAUCCAAGCAUGGUAAACGAAAAUGACAAACUGAAUCACCUGAACGCCAUUAAAGACAACACCUCCAACACGUUGCUCGAGUUUGGAGCCAGCUUCGAAACGCUUAAACCCGCUACGGUAGACUACACGCAGCACCAGCAGCAGCAGCAACCGCAACACUCCAACGGGAUGCAUCAUCAGCAGCAACAGCAACAGUUGGACAGUUUGCUCGUGGUCGGCGAUCCUGCGCUCGGCCAUCUUCUCCAUCAUCACCCGCAACAGCAGCAAACCCACCACCAGCAGCAUCACCAUCAGCAACAUCAGCAGCAACAAUCGCAACAGCAGCAUCAUCAACACCAGCUACAGCAACAUCACCAGCUUCAACAGCAACAGCAUCAACUACAGCAACAUCACCUCCAGCAGCAGCAGCAGCAGCAGCUACAGCAGCAACAGCAGCAACACCACCACCAACAACUCGUCCACAAUGCGCUAGACCUGCUGGGUCCGGUAGCAAACGAUUACCUGCUGCUGGCCGACGAUGAUCCGACAGACUUCACCGAUCUGGACAGUGGCAUCACUGCGUACAACAGCAUCAACGGUUGCUUGGCGUGACCUGCAGCCUUCGAUCUUUAAACACACACACCAACAAAGACAGCAAGCCCUGACGACUACCACACUCUACACUACUCUAGCUAGAAAUAGGGGGAACAUUACUUAACUUCCCGUGUAUCCGUUGAAGUUCUGGUGCUUGACUUAUUCCAGCUCGCCCCCCUUUUUUACUAUGUUCCUUAUUUGCCUGUCUUUCAACACUGGUCGCGAAUCGCGUGUGCUCCCACUCUCUGUACAAAACUCACAAUCCUGUGUUUCUACUGACUUGACAGCUAGCUGAACCCAACUGAACAUCACCAUAGUAACAUCACCAGCGAAACAAAGAUGGCUGCUGGGUGCUAAAUUGAGGUUAGGUUUCUCGGAACAGAAACGAUGUCCAACAGUAGAAGUAAGUGCUCCGGUCGAUUUUUUAUCACUUCCAGCCUUUUUCUGUUGCUUCCAACUACCAACAAAAGAGGUGUAAAUGAAAGAAGGAAACACAAAAGCCGACUUCAAGAACAAGUAAAUGGCGAUAUGAAGGAAGAAACAGCAAACAAACAAAAUUCGGGAACAAAAACAAAAAACGAUGAAGAGGCGCAGAGGAAGCAAAAAAGCGCGAUGGCGAAUAUGAAAAGAUCGGAAAUGCAUUCCUUUUUCGUGCGUAAGGUUCAAUAAUAAUCGUAUCUCAUUUUAUUACUAUUGUACUACACUAUACUGAAUGUUAUUAAUAUUAUUCUUAUUCCUACUACCGACUAUUAUUAUUAUUAUUAUUACUAUCUUUAUCAUUAUUAUUAUUGUGGCUAUCCUUUUGCGUGCUGUCUGUCGCGGCUCUGUUCCACAUUCUCUUGUUUUCGACAGGCACUUGCUUCGGACAAUUUUUCCGUCCGUUUCCUUCAUCCACCAUUUACUUGUUCCUUCUCAUUUUGAGCUUCCCUAUAGUUUAUUGUCGACUUUUGACGGGGGGGGGGGGGGGGGCGGGAGAAUCAGUUUUGCAUAUGCACAGCAAACAGCGAAACUUCUCCCCCUUUGGCAAGUCUUGUGCUUCUUUUCACACCCGCAAGCUAAUUUUUGUCAACCAGCAGAACGUUCGGUUCUGCCCGAAAAUGUGAAUGCCCGCACAGUUUCCCUUUUUUUCGUUUUCAUCUUUGUGGACAUCAUCUUCCCGUUUGACGGCAUUAAAUUCAGUUUUGCGUGUGUGAACCGAAAUGGAUGUUAAACGUACCACGCCACGUGGUGUGUACCAUUGUGUGAACCCUGGGCCGUACUUUAUCAUGUGCACUGUCAAAACGGAAACAAUUUCCAGUGCUUUUAUGCUGGCCUCUUCCAAACUCGUUCGUCUACCGUAUCCACCUUCACGAAGCAAAUUCAAUAGUUAAAUUACCAUUUACGAGACUGUGAAAAAAAAAAAUACUCGAGAGGCACAUCACACAGACAGAAACGGCGCUGACAUGCGAACACCACGGUUCAACACAAGGAUUAAACACAUCCAUACGAACGUCCAUUAUUGGGAUUAUACAUCCAACUAAUUCUGAUUGAUAUACGACGUGAGCAAAGAAUCUCAAAACAAUCAGCUUCCGGUUUGGGGGUGUUUUUUUUACCCUUCUACAUCCCAUUCUUCUUCGACAUUGGAGCUGAAACGCACAUUGGUCCAAACCUCCAAACAUUCCAGCAGCGCGCGAAAAGAAACACCAUUUUGUUUCCGUACGUCAAGUCUAAUGUCUUAUGCACUAAAGCACACUCACAGCAACGAGGAACAGAUGGCUAAUUAUGACUGGCUACAAAGCAAUUAGCAUAACUUUUAUGAUUAAUAAUAAUACUAACCAAAACGAUUUUCUUCACCAACACGAAGGAAUCCCAGCGCAGAUUCCUUCCACUUCGGACUGAUCGAUGCAGACAUCUAAACUACCAACGGAAAGUUACCAAUUGUUACGCACACACACACCUUCGCUCACUUUUGUCUCUGGGUCUGGCCAUGCCAAAACGGAAAGUUACCAAUCAAUUCUAGUUUUUGUCAAACAAAACCCUCAGAGCCUUUCCUUCAAUCCAACGAAAUGGAUAUAAAAAUGUAACACGGGACCCUUUUGCUUUGACCGAAGGAAACAUUUAUGUGUGUGUGUGUGUGUGUGCGUGUGUAACGCCCACAGGGCAAUCACAUUUAUCUACGGGUGCCAUACUAUUAGUGUGAACGACUACUACCAUCGAACGAGAGAGUCUAAUGCAAGCUACUAGCAGCAACAGCAACAGCUGGUAGUAGUGGACGCCAUCUUGUGUCAUUGUUUUAAACGUCAUGUUAUUUACUAUUAAUCUCACCUACUGAUUAGUGGCAACGAACCAAUCUCUGCAAAAGUUAAAUGGUACUAAUAUACUUAGAGUCUUCUUUAGUCAUCCCACUACCCUUCUGACUCUUUUUUUUUUUGUUGCUGUUAGGAUUGUGUGUCAUUGGAAACCCAAAAAUGGCCACACAAGAAAAAAAACGCAUUUGUUACCAGGUUAAGAUACUUGCUUGAUUAAUUACUCGAUUAAUUACUGGGGCCACUCAUACCAUCGGUUCCUCGUUGCUUUUUGAUGAUGUAGCAUUUGACACAUUUGACAGUUGACUGUCACUAACAAACGUCACAAGAUCAACGUUGAGUAUUCGUGAUCGCGAUUGAAAAAAUCUCCCCAUACCCCUUCCUGGGCACGCACAUCUGAACAAGUCACACAGGCAUCAAUACAAGACCAAUUUAGUGUUAGCCAGAUUUGGAUAGCUGUAAGCGUGUGUACCUAUCGAUUAAGCAUAACAACCAACCGAAAGCUUACUGUGAAAAUUAGUAUAUAGGACAAUGAGUAUGAUAUACAUCUAGUGCUAAUGCUACCACUACUACUACGACUACUACUACUACUACUACUGCUAAUAUUACCACUACUACGGCCUUCAAAACUGCAGCGAAAACACAAUCGCCGAUACGAGUGUAUGUUAGAGAAAAAUAUUUAUAACACUAACCCGCUACUGUUCGCGGCCAACGAACAGUAGCUCCCAGAGUUGACGCAUCCAAUUCAUCGUGUAUACCAUACUUUUAAGCGCGUCAGUGCCCCGUCUUGGGAACUGUGGCGAGCCUUAAUCAAGCGAAUCUUCGUUUCAUACUCAGGUGCGGUUUGUGUGUGUGUGUGUGUGUUUUUUUUUACUCACACACCAGUAGCAGCAGAGCAGAUUAGAUUAGCUUCACUGGAUUUGUUAGCAGCACGUCCUUGACUGGGAUCAAUGCAAAACCUAGGAAGCUCGAGUGUCGAACGCGCUUACACCAAUCAUGCAUGCCUUACAGAUGUAAACCAGGGGGAAAGUAAGAGAGAGAGAGAGAAGCCCAAGUGCUAAUUAAACCUGAACAGAAACUUGAUAUUUAAUAUUUGAAUGUAAAAUUUACUACUCUCGAGGGCCACACUGGUCCCCCCCUCCCCCAAGAAAACUGGAUCAAAUGCCUUCCUAUUUCCAUGAAUAGGUUAUAAUGCAUGUUGCUAGUUAUUUUGAUUCUGUUUCAAUAUAUUCAACAAAAAAAAGCAACCGAAUCGAAGAAAAAGAAAUAAAAAAGGGGGGGGGGGACCGGAAACGGAAGUGGGAGAGAUAGAAGGACACACACCAACAAAGAUUAACAUUCAAACAUUAUUGCUACAUACAUUGCUAUAUAGCCUUAGAUGUGGACAGCGCAGAAGCAGCAGUGUGUGUGUGUGUGUACAAGUGUUGUAUGUAUGUUUUUUGGUUUAAUUUAAAUUUUAUAUUCUAUAUUGUGGAGCGGCGGGCACGGCACGAUCACCUCCAAAACGCUUUUUGUCGCUUCCAACUUUUUACGGUGAAAUUGUGGUGCCGCAAUAACCGAGUCAGUGUGAUAUAGAAAUGAAGCAGGGUCGCAAAAGAGGGGUUCGAAAAGAGACAGGACCGAUUAAAGUGAAACAAUAGAUGUAUUAAUAUAAAGGCACAGAAACAAAAUGGAAGACAGCUGAUAUAUUAAGGGUGGCCUGCGAGGAAGAAGCUUGAAGCUGAGAGUUCUGUGACUGUGCACCAUUGUCAUUCGAAAUAUCUCCCAGAAAAAUCGAUAGCAGGCUCAUGCAAUUUUCACUUCCUACGGAUGCCGAUUCUCCCGUACCCAGUGUUUCUAGCGAAUGAAAUUUAUUAUUCUACUUUGUACCUGGCUACCACCGUUUUGGCCUCGUUCAUGUUUGAUGAACGCAACGUAACGAAAACCCGAACCUUACAAGGAUGCGCGGAAAAAUCCUCUCUUUUCUUUACCUCCUUCUUAUUGCUAAAAGUGCCGAGAGCUGUAAAAGACAACCGGAGAUGGUGUUGAAGUAACCCCAAAAAGUCUGUCUGCUAUACUGCACAAGCCACUCAUACGAUGUGCUCAUUAAGAGACAGGUAGCUAAAGAUUGAAACAAUCGAAGCCGUUACCACACAAACCGCAACAAUCCUCCUAACACAGCAUCCAUCUUAAUCCGUCGUCGCAGCUUCCGUUUUACGCACACAGACAACAAAAAAAGCCCCCGGAACAAAUAUCGUACUGGAAUGUUGCGUACCUAAUGUAUUAUUGCGCAUCCGUUAAAAAAAUGCCAGCUUAUAGCUGAUAGUUGCAAGAGUUCGAACAGCAGAUACCAUGAUUACUACUUCCGCCUUUGUUAGCAAAGAUAAGAAACACAGUAAGCAAACGGCUAACCCCAGGGAUCGAGCAACGUGCGUGGGGUGGGCACAAGAUGGGAAAUAUUUACAAGCGAAGAACAAACAAAAACGGUACAAACGACCAGCAAAUGCUCGUGUGAUGAUCGUGAAGAAAUAGUGAUGGGAACCAAUUAUGUCGUACCCAAAAUCGUUAACGAAUCGAUAGAGAAAACAAACGAAUCACAGUGAAGGGAAAAAUCGAAAACCCAUGAUGAUGGAUGGAAAAUACAUAAACAACAACGGACUAAAA